CUGACUUUGUCACGGUAAAUAAUAAAGGUCUAAACUUCAAUGAUAAGUUAGUUAUGUAUGAAUAUCUAGUGAUUGAUCUGUAAUUGACCCUACAUAUUUUCCUUCCUCCCAACUUUUUUUUUUUUCCUCUUUCUUUUAAAAGGAGGAGAACAAAGAAGAGCACAGCCGCCCUUUUCCUCUCUUUUCCGGAAUCUCUUUUGACCGUUGGCUCCAGAUUUCCUUCCUUCCUUCCUCCUAUCUCUCCCUCUCUCUCUCUAGCUCUCCGUCUUCCUUCCCUCUCCACUCUCUCAGCUACCUCCUCCGCCGCUCGCCGCCGUCUCUCGCCCGUCGUAAGGUACGCUUCCUCUUCCCCCCAAAACCAUCACUCCCAACCUCUCAUUUCUCCCGCCAUUUCCAGCACACAGUAUUAUCACCAUUCCCUUCCUCCGCCGAUCGAUAGAUUCCCAUUGAGCUGAAAAUGCUGCUGCUUGCUUCAAUCUCAUUUGUUUUCAGCUUCUGUAGAUUCUUCCUCUGACCUACCUGGAUUGAUUUUUUUUUUCCUCCCUCACAGUUGUAUAUAUUAUUACUGACAACCUCGGUAUGCGCGCUAGUAAAUUUUUCGAUGAACAGUUGUUUAGGGACAUUAACAAUAAUAAUCAAAGGAAUAGAUUCAUUAUCUACUUGUAUUAAUUAAUAUUUCAUUAUCAAUGAAAUAUGAUUCCAUUCUCUAAAACCCAAUUAAUAAUGUGAAUGAUGAACAGAGUAUGAUUGUUUAUUUUUCUUCCCCUGUCUUAUACACUCUGUAUUCAAUAUCUCUGGUUCACAUGUUAGUGGUAUCAGACUAUAUCAGUAGGGUCAGUUCGUAAAGAAAUGGGUUCUGUUCACAUGGAGAUUUUAGCUAGCUGGGGGAUUUUGCCUUAUUAGCCAGACUUCUUCUUCUUCUUCUUCUGUCUUUUUAGCUCCAUGUGAGUACAGUACUUACAGUCAAAUAAUGUUGCUGCAGCUGCUGCUUUUUAUGCUGUCUUUGCUUUGCUCUCCGCCUCGUAAUUGGGAAAUCAAAUGAUUCUGCUUGUAUGUAAUGUAAUGGAAACACACCCUUUAGGCCUUUAAUCAUUCUCUCUUUAGUUAACUCGUUCCCUCCACUUUCUUUGCUUUUUGGGUUUUAGCAUUGUUUGUGCAUGAGAAAGGCAUCACCAUUGCCUAUUUCCCUCCCCUUUGUUCGACUUCUACCAUCCAAAGGGAACAAAACUAGGCUAGUUCCAUUCUCUUCAUAACUUGGGAACGAAGAAAGGCACCGCCUUUACCACCACCCUGCUAGACUUUUCUCAUGUAUUCUAAGUUUUUCCCUUGCUUGUAGAGGAAAGAAUGUGAAAACACCAGCAAAAUUUGGCUGCUGCUGAAGGUUUUGUUUCCAUGUUUGUUAUCUCUUCUGCAGUUGAAUCUCAUCAGUGUUUGAAGCUUGAUCAGAAGUAAGAAGAACAAAGAAACGCUAUUGUGGGUCUGUUCUAAGAGGAUCUCUCAGUGGCCAGUGCCAUUGGGGUUCUUCAAAGAGCUGAAAAAGAAUAAGCAAAUGACACUUGUGCAGAAGAGGUGAAAGGGGGAAUAUGGGAUGCUCAACAUCGAAGCUGGACGAUGAGGAAGCAGUACAACUAUGUAAAGAUCGAAAAAAGUUCAUCAAGCAAGCGGUAGAGCAGAGAACAAGGUUCGCGUCCAGCCACUUGGCUUAUGUUCAGUCAUUGAAAAGGGUAUCUGCUGCCGUCCAUGACUAUGUAGAAUCCGGUGAGCCUCAGGAUUUGUUUCUGGACUCCUUCGUAGCUCCACCACAGUUCACCAGUCCAUCGAAGAAAGGCAGCAGAAGCCCGCAGUUGAUCUCGAGCUCACAUAAAUCAUUCGCACCAGCACUUCCACAGUCUAGAACUAGGCCGACUGUGACAGUCAACUACCUAAGAUCAGGUGGGAACCAGACAGUGUUGGUCGAGGAGAGACCGCCUCAGUCACCACAAACGUACCAUGUGGAUGCUUAUCCACCAAGCUACCUAAGAUCAGGUGGGAACCAGCCAGUGUUUGUCGAGGAGAGACCACCUCAGUCACCACAAACGUACCAUAUGGAUGCUUAUCCACCAAUGAUGGAUUAUUAUCAGGGUGAUAAUUUUUUUGCACCACAACAACCUUCUUCAUUCUUCUCUUACUCUCCCUCCAAUGAUAGAGCCUACAUUCCUCCACCUUCACCGCAGACAUCUCAGUGGGAUGGCUUCUGGGAUCCUUUCUCUUCAUUGGAUUACUAUGGCUACCCGGUUCGUAGCAGCAUUGAUCACCACAUGGGUGGAGAUGAUGAGAUUAGAGGGUUGAGACGGGUUAGAGAGGAAGAAGGUAUUCCUGACUUGGAAGAUGAAACUGAGCAUGAAGUUGAUGAAAGGAGAGAACAACAACGACAACAACAACAACAAGCUCCUCGACAACAACAACAACAAGAAGCUCCCCCUCGUCCUCCUCCGGUAAAGCACAAUGAGUACCCCAAGGAAGAAGUACUAGUUGAAGAUGUUGAUGAAGAUGAUGAUGACGACGACGACGAUGAUGAUAUAUGCUUUGAAGGUGACUGCAAAGACGAGAUCAUGAUGAAGGGUUCUUCUCAGCAGCGGCCACAAACUAGUUCUACAAGGAUUGAGGUGUCUCGAAACCAGAAUUCCAGACGAGUCCAGCCACGUAAUCGACAAGCUGUGGCUGUUGGUAGUGGUAGUAAAGAAGCCGAGAAACAAGGUUUUACAGCCUAUGUUAACAGAAGACCAACAAGCAUGGCAGAAGUUGUCAAGGAUCUGGAAGAUCAGUUUGGAAGGAUCUGUGAUUCAGCUAAAGUGGUUUCUGGUUUGUUAGAGUCUAGCAGAGCUCAGUAUUCAAUAUCAUCCACCUCAAAUGAUCUCGCAGCAUUGAAAAUGCUGAAUCCAGUCGCGCUAAUCCGAUCAGCUUCGUUUCGUUCAUCGUCAUCGAGAUUCGUGGCCAGCUCUUCUUCCUUCAGAGAUGAACCCGAGGAUAGCUGCAGUAGUGACGUCUCAGAUGAUAACUGCGCGAUCUUUGGUGGCCACCAGUCGACAUUGGACAGAUUGUACGCCUGGGAGAAGAAGCUGUUCGACGAAGUCAAGUCAGGAGAGAAAAUUCGGAUAGCGUACGAGAAGAAAUGUAUGCAGCUUAGGAACCAAGACGUUAAAGGAGAGGAUCCUUGUGUGUUGGACAAAACGAGGGCAUCCAUUAGAGAAUUGGAUACACAGAUUAAGGUUUCGAUUCAUUCGGUGGAAGUUAUAUCGAAGAGGAUAGAGACUCUGCGGGAUGAAGAGUUGCAGCCUCAGCUUUUGGAGCUAGCGCAAGGGUUAGCAACGAUGUGGAAGGUGAUGGCAGAGUGCCACCACUCUCAGAAACAAACACUCGACACGGCCAAGCUCUUAGUAGCAUCAGCACCAUCGAAGCUCGAAGCGAGAAGGCGGGCUUCCAUCUCGAUGACUGACCCUCAACGCCUAUCUCGAUCAGCCGCCGCCAUGGAAACAGAGCUCAGGAACUGGAGGUCAUCUUUCCAGACGUGGAUCGCCUCUCAGCGAUCCUACAUCCAGUCCCUCGCCGGCUGGCUCCUCCGCUGCGUUCGUCUCGACCCCGCCGAAAUCUCGAAGCUACCCUUCUCCCCGCGUCGAUCAAGCAGCACGGCUUCUUUCCCCUUGUUCGGACUCUGCAUUGGAUGGUCCAAGUUCCUGGAUGCCGUGCAGGAGAAGGCAGUGCUCGACGGGAUGGAGACCGCCGCGGAUUGGAUGGGUUCGAUUCGCGAUCAGCAGGUUCUGCGAGAUGACUCGACUUCUUCUCCUGUGGGUUCGAGGAGAUAUAAUAACAACAAUGGAGGAAUGGAGAUGGUGGAAGUUGGUAAGGAGGUGGAAGAAGUGAUGACAGUGGAGAAAAUGGCUGAGAUUGGUAUGAGAGUGCUCUGUGCUGGGAUGUCGGUCACUAUCAGCUCGUUAACCGAGUUUGGCAAUGGUGCAGCGGAGGGAUAUGCUCAGCUUUUCAAGCAAUGGGAGAAUGGGGAAGAAGCGCCGCCGCCGGUGCCUGCGGCUGGCCGGCUUCGGGAGAAGUAGAGUUAGCUCGGUAGAGGAAAGGAAUGUAAUUUGUGAUCUAUGUGUUAGGUAGUUUUUCCUUCAUCUUUUAACCUUGUUUUCUUUCCUACUUAGAGUAGGUGGUUUAAUAACCCAAAAAUUUGUGAGAAGAAAGCUUUUUGCCUAUGAUCAAGUUGCUGGAAUGUGAGUAAAUCAAACCAGAUUGAUGUUUUGAUCGAAUAGGUUUGAUUGUAUUAAACUUUAAUCGAUUCGAUUUCAGUUACAUCGGAUUCAUUUUAAGUACAAUGAAUGGUUGUAAUGAAUCGAAUGUGCCAUGUAUCUCGUUCGGAUACAGUAGUUCAAUCUGAUUCUGUACUCACCAAAUCAAGUCCACAUCUAAAGUUGGAGCAGUUGAGACCAUAAUUGGUAAUGGUAACAGUCAUAGGUUUCAAUCAGUGAGGCUGAUUGAGCACAUAAGUUUCUACUUUGGCAUUACCUGAAACCUGAUCCACCAUGGAAAGUAAAGGUGUUCAACCAAAUUGAAAUUUGAUUAAACUGUCUUCCACUUACCAAUAUAAUAUGAUCUCACACAAAAGUAUGAAGAUUGGCCCUUGGUUAAUAGAUAAGGGCAUCGCAU